GCCUGGGUAACCAGCUGCUCUCCCUCGUCUCCUCCUUUACCUACGCCCUCCUCACCAACCGCACUCUCCUCAUCAACCCUGAGUGCUUCCCUGCUCGUCUCCUCUGCAACCCCUUCCCCUACUCCUCCUGGGCUCCUCCCACUCUCAACAGGGGAUCCUUCAACCACAUGAGGCUGAGAGCUGAGAAGAGGCGUGUGGGUUACAAUGCGUUUCAAGAACCAGGUGCACCUGAAGCAAACACCACGGAUGACGAUGCUGCUGAUGCUGUGUUCAGCAACCUCAAUUACUCAGUGAAUGACACAGAUCUCAUAUUCUUCUGCUCGCAGGAGCAAGAGAGAAUCGCAGCCGUCCGUUUCCUGGCUCUGCUCACAGAGGAGUACGUUCUGCCUGGCUUGUACCUCGUGUCCGAAUUCGAUGCUGACCUGGAGCGCCUAUUCCCCGACCGCCUGCCUUUGAUGCACGUGGGGCGCUACCUGCUGCACCCCGCCAACUACCUCUGGGAGGAAAUCACCCGCGCCUUCCGAGCCUACCUCGCCCCGCACCAACGCAGGGUCGGCAUCCAGAUCCGUGACUUCACCACAGCCACCAGCAACGAGGGUGAGGCCCUUGCCCGUGUGCUGCACUGUGCUGUCAACAUCUCCCAUGGGCUCCCCCCCACACUGCCCCAUGAUCAGUGGCGACUUCUGGCGAGCAACCAGAGCGCAGCCAACUCAAGUGAUAUGGAGCCAAUCCGGAAGGCAGCAGGAGCCGGCACUGUGCGCAGCGUCGGUGCGUUGGUGGCUUCACUAAAGCGCUCCUAUGUGGAUGCAUUACACGAGGCAUAUGUGGAAGGGUUACCACUGGAGGGUUACAAUGUUGCAGUUACCAGUUUGAGUCAUGAGGGCGAGCAGAAGACAGGCGAUCUGCUGCAACUGGAGAGAGCUCUCAAGGAGAUGUGGCUGCUCUCCAUGUGCGACCUGCUCCUGGUGAGUGACAGCUCCACCUUUGGGUACAUGGCAGCUGGGCUGGCAGGGGUGAGUCCCUUCUCCCUCAACAUCGUGCCACGGAUGAAAUCUGACUGGCUGCACAACGGACGGCCAGCGUGCGUUGCUACGACUCCAGAGGCCUGCUAUCUGACUAUGCUAGACAACAAGCAACAACAUGUACAGGCGGCUUCCCCGCCUCCCGCGCCGGGCUUGCCGGCUGCCCCAGGCAUGGCGUCGUCCAUCUGCCCGUUAACAGGGCUGCCCCCCAAAAAACCCACCAUUCCGAUUGCACGUUGCCCGGCCGCCAAGGACCAAUCAUGCUGCGACAACUGUACGGAUAUGAGCACGGCUUUGCAGCUGGUAGCAUCAAGUCUAAAGGACGUGGUGACUCAGAUUAACCCCACCAUCGCUGAUGGGAUCGAUUCUAGCAUAGCGGUGUGCGAUAUCUUCAUAGGCAUGACGCCAUGCUUGCAGCUCCUAGAGGAACUUGUGUGCGGGCUCUCCUGCAACCCUAAUGCUGGGUCCUACGCGACAAAAUCCAACACGGGGGUGAUCAUGAACGUGUGCUCGGAUCUAGCAGACAAAGUAUUCGCACAGUGCAAGGGCCUUGCUUUCGGUGACAUUUCCCUUUCAGGACUGGUUACCACAGCUGACGAAUUCAUGAACCUCAUUGUUACAAACGUGGUCAAGACACUUGGAGUCGAGGGCUUUGAGGUCCAAAUAUCUUCAGUAAGCGCUUCUCACACGUUCUUUUGUGCUUCCCCUUUCCCGCGCUCGUCCACUUCUCUACCACUUGUUUCUCGUGUUGUUUCUCCCUCCAUCCCUUCGUUCAAGUUCAUCGUGAAUUGUCUGUGGUAA